UGACAGGUUCGUCAUCCCGGCCUUUAUCUGUAAGUAUCUGUAAGCAAGCACACCUGCAUGCAAGCACGGGGCCCCGAAGAGGGCACCUCAUGCGUAGGGGCUCAAAGUGCAUCAUCCAAAAGAGGUGAAGUUCAUGCUAACUCCACGCAUGAAGAAUCUAGAUCAACCGAGAAACGGAAAAAAUCUACCGUGCAAGUAGAAGGAACUUUGCUGCAUAACUGCUCUUCCCCAUUCUGUCACGUUGAGGUUAGCGCAGAGAGCCGUGCGUGCCCUCAGAACAGACACCACUUUUUCCGGUACCAACCUCAAGCUUCGAUUUUUGCCAAAAGAUAACGAGAGCCAAAAAGCCCACUUUGAAACUUGCAGCUCCACAGAGACAGACAGACGCCGGUUUAAAAAAAAGCAACCGAGGGAGUAACUGAGACAAAGGGAAGUAUGUCAGAGAGGCACCACUGCAUCCACACACACACACACACACACACACACACACACACACACUACGCCCAGUGAAAGCAGUGAGCAAGGUGCAGGAGCAGGGGUACAGGUGUUGGGACCUUCUGUAGAUCCCUGAUGGCGUCCGGUCCCUGCAGCAGAGCGGAGGAACUGCCGCCGGCGCUGCCUGUCAAACAGCUCAGGCGCCUUUCCUCCGCACGUUCGGAGUUUGACAGCGCGACGCUCAGCCCCGUCGGACUCCAGCAUCCAAACUGUGCAUGCGACGACGUCUUUUCUGACUCCGCGGAUUGCCACGCAGUCCUGUGCCCCGUACACCAGCGCUACGAUCCGCUCCGACACCAGCUGAGAUUUUUCUCCGAUGGCACCCCGCCGCCCGUCCCAAAGAAGAGGUUAUCUCGCACCCUCUCCCUCCCCGGCAACAACGUGCCUCAACUCUCCCCUCUGUCUCCGCUGCAAAGACGCCCUCAGAACUUUGACAACCCCGCGUACAUGCUGGCGCCCGUGCCCGACGCCCAAUUCCACGAGGAGACCGGAGACCUGCAGCCAGUGAGCGGGCGUCCCGUCCCCUUACUGUCCUUCUCCCAGCUGUCCUUCGACACCCCAGACGAACACCUGCCGUGCCUCUUGGGCAGAUUUGACGACCGGAGGCUCGUGUCUCAGGGGAUUCAGCGUCGACACCUGCUGUUUCUGAGGAGCGCGGCACAGAGCGCGGAGGCCGGGGUCCUGCUGCAGGGAGAGGCCGCCGACAGCGACCUCACCUCCUACCAGCCUCAGGAUUUCCGGCUGUGUGAGGACAGCGAGCCAAAGCGGGUCGGAGACGCGCUUUACUACAGCCUGCGCUGCCACAAGCUCCCGGGGAGGGUGCUCGGCCUACGGGUGCACAAACAGACGGACGGAGCUUCCUCGGCUCAAACCGAGCGCCAGACGGCGCAUGCCAACGUGCAGAGUGUGGUCGCUCAUUUCCAGGGAACGAGGAAUGAUUCCGGCCGCUUGGAAGCUCAAGGUCCAUCGGGUCACUCCAAGUCAGACGACUGCACUGCUGCCGAAGCGCAGAGUGGAGGCGGCGAGGAUCUGACCUCAGUUCAGUCCCUCCUCGUGAAAGGGCUCUUGGUGAGCGUCGAGAGGGACCUGCCUCAGGCCACCCUCGAGGACUUUGUUCGGGACGGCAGCUCGCUGCAGCGCGCAGACAGCUUCGAGUACGACAGGCGGGUGUGCGCUCUGCUGCUGCAGAUAAUAAAGGGCUCGCAACAUCUGUGCAACAUCAGCACCACCGUAGCCGAGCUGCGACCGCGGGGGAUCUUUUUGGUGUGGCCCAGCGGGGAGAGGGAAGGAGGCGAGGCCUCAGGAAGGAGGCGAGGCCACGAGACCUGCGGACCGAGAGAGGAGACGGAGCGGGGAAAGACAGAGGCAAAAGGACAGAUCCAGAUGUUAUGGGGGACCCACGGAUCCCCUCGCGUGGUCUUGACCCCGCUGCCGUCCGCUCAGUUCGUACCGGACGGCCUCGCCUACAUCAAAUCCCAGAUCGGAGCCUUGAUUCUAUACUGCCUGCACUCACAAGACGGCCCGGCACCUCUGGACCCGUCCAUGCCCCCCCACCGGAGGGGGCUCCUUCAGCUGGCCGCCGGGCUGCGGAGCGAGAGCGGCGGGCCGCGGGUGGCCGACGUGGCGGCCGCGCUUCAGGCGCUCCUGUGGGGGCCACGAGGCACUGUGACCGCCGCUGUGCACAACUGGCUGACGGUGAAGCGAGCCCUGCUGGUGAUGAAGCUGGCGGAGAGGGGGCUGAUCCAGGACCAGUCGGCCCCGCACUGGGAGGACGGCAUGUGCCUGCAUUACCUGGCGUUUACAGACCCGGAGACAAUAAGGAGCGCGACGAGUCUGCUGAAUGCGGAGGGGAAAAGUUGAGUCAAACCUGGCAGGUUGUAAACUGUAGUAUGUACAAAUAAAUACACACAGGUGCUUUGAAAAGACGAAGAAGUUUCCAUUCUUCAAUUUUACAGUUCCUGACCCUUGAUGAAAAUGUAAUGUAUUGAACAAAAUGAUCAUCAUAAAAAAUGUUUUUCAGCUUUUUAGAAAAAGGGAUGGAAUUGCACUUGAACUAUUCUUGUAUUUGUUUUUUUCUACCAUUAAAAAAAUGGAUAGUCUUCUUUUUCCCAGUGAGUCCACUGUACAUUUUUUCUGAAUAAAUCAUGAAGAGGUCUCAGCAUGCACCAAAGUAAAA